AUGCUGAUGAAAAUGCAAUUCAGCCAGCAGAGACGGGUGCGCCUGGCUCAAGGCUUGUGGCUGCUCUCGUGGCUGGCAGUGACAUGUGGGGCCUUCAUCUUUUGCCUUGGAGUUUACCUGAAAAUUGAGCUACUCCGCAGGGCUGAGGUGAUGGAGAACACAGAGAUCCAUGUGGUUCCCAACAUCCUGCUUAUGGUGGGCCUGGCGUCCAUUGGCACAAACUGGAUAGCUAGUCGUGUGUGCCAGGACUCACUGGACAUGAGUCGCUUCCCUCGUUGGAAAGGACUCCUGCUGGCCUGGUUUGCUGUGGCUACACUGCUCUGUUGUCUGCUCGUGACUGUUGUCAUACUCAGCUAUGCCCUGCAGGGACGACUGGAAGAGUCUCUCAAGAUUGGCCUGAGGAACGGUAUUCGCUUCUACAAGGACACAGAUGUGCCCGGACGCUGCUUUCAGAAAGAAACUAUUGAUCGUUUGCAGAUGGAGUUCCGCUGCUGUGGAAACAACAACUAUAAAGACUGGUUUGAAGUCCAGUGGGUCAGCAACAGAUACCUGGACUUCACCUCAAAGGAUGUCAAAGAUCGAAUCCGCAGUAAUGUAGAUGGGCGUUACCUGCUGGAUGGUGUCCCCUUUAGCUGUUGUAACCCCGGUUCUCCGCGACCCUGUCUUCAAAAUCACCUGACGGACAACCAUGCCCACUACAACUACGAGUACCAGUCUGAAGACCUGAACUUGUUCAAUCGUGGUUGCAGGCAGGCUCUGACUGAUUAUUACAUGGGCCUUAUGAAUUCCACAGGACCCGGUGUGCUCUCAGUGAUCCUUAUACAGGUGUCAGUCAUCCUGAGCUUGCGUUACCUGCAAACAGCAGUGGAAGGCGCCAUGGCCUCUGAGAAUCCUGAGGAUGACAGUGUGGGCUAUCUACUGGAAAAGGGCCUAAAAGACACCUUUGAGGACAUCAAAUCCAAGGCCCAGGAUCUACUGAAGCUAGCACAGGUCGAUCCCACCACUGGCGAAGCAUGUCCUGAAGCUGAGGACGAGAAGGCCAAUAAUGGGACGGAUAAGGCAGCUUCCCCGACUCCCACAAGCUAG